UAGUUUCUGUUCAUUCAGGUGGCCUAGAAAAAGAAGCUACGACUUUCUUUUUAGGUGUCUCAAUUUUCUAAUUUCUUCUGUGUGUGUGUGUUGACUUUUUUCAUGAUAUUACACUACCAAACAAAAGACAAUUCAUCAUACGCAUUAUAAUAGGUUAGACUUAGAGAUAUUUGUGACAAUGCGAGUAACAGUUUUGUUUCUCAUUGUUAUUUUAUGUGGUAUCUCUGGCGCCCAGAGGCUACCUUUCCCGUUCGGUCCAAGACGUCGUGUGUUGCCAGGACAACGAGGUGGUGGAUGUGUGGACUGUGUGGCUGAACUGAGGCAGUGUGUUCAACAAUGUCUCGAAGAGCACGAUUGUUCAGCUUCCAAUAGCAAAGAGGGAUUUUGUCCUUUGGGUGAGGUUCAUCAAGAGAAAUGUUCUUCAUCUCCAGUCCUAGAUGUCUGUGGAGACGACAACGACUGUCCUCGAAGCAAGAAAUGCUGUAAAAGUGGCUGCUCUAAGGUCUGCGUCAACCCACUUCCUCGUCCUCCGGUUCGAACACGCAAGCAUCGCGGACAAAAUAACCCGCCAAAACUUUUUUAAAUUGCAGCAUUGUAUCUGUGGUAGUGAUAUCUAUUGGGAAAAUGUUUAGAUUUGUAAUUUCCCUAUAUAUUUUACAUGUAUAAAACUUAGCUUAGCUAACAAUAAAACAAACCAAAGAUAGCAACUUUGUCAAAAAUUAUCAUUCUUUGCAGUACUUAUUUAUACGAAAAAUUUGGAAAAAAGCAAAAAACAACUAAAAUUUAUUGCUGAUUCUUUCGUUUUGAAUAGGGUAGGGUUUCCAUUGUGAAUCUUUCUAACGUAUUUUUUUCGUAUUAUAUAAGCAAUGAGAACAUCAUACGCAUAUUGAAGUUUUCAUUGUUGUUUUUUUAAUAAUAACAACUUAGAAAAC